ACAAUCUGGGCGGUCUCGUUUUUGGUAGUCUUGCCUGUGGUGAUUUUUGCAAACGUGCAACGGGAAGGAGGCAUCUGCAACAUCAUUUGGCCGGAGCCAGCCAACAUCUGGGGAGCAGCAUUUAUAAUCUACACCUGCACAGUUGGCUUUUUCUUUCCAUUGCUGGUCAUCUGCAUGUGCUAUCUCCUCAUUGUGAUCAAAAUCCGCAGCUCGGGAAAGAAGGUUCAUGCCACUUCGACCAAACGGCGCAAGUCGGAGCGAAAAGUCACGCGAAUGGUGGUGAUAGUGGUGGCUGUGUUCGUUUUCUGCUGGAUGCCAUUUUACGCCCUCAACAUCAUAAACCUGGUAGAAUCGCUGCGGGAUGAGCCCCAAGGUCUGCAUCUUUUUGUGGUGGUAUUGUCUUAUGCUAACAGCUGCGCUAAUCCUAUCGUUUACGGCUUCCUUUCGGACAACUUCAAGCGGGGAUUUCGAAAGGCUCUGUGCCGCUCAUCUCGAAGGGUCGAGAACCACGAGCCCACCGAGCAACGGCAUCAAGAGGAACGAAGAAGAGUGCUGAUGCCCAGGGAAAGCCUUAGAAAAGCAGUGAGAGAGGAAGAGGAAGAGGAAGAGUACAGGGAGGAAGUGACGGAGAUGACGGAAAUCUGCAGGAUUACUCAGAACGGAAACGGAAGCGGACAGCCUGAAAGUACCCGAGCGCUUUUCUUAGAGAGACCCUCGGGUACAGGGGUUUCUGAGACAAGUUCCCCUGACAGGAGAGGCACGGGUGGGGAUGUUAAAGGACCAGGCUUUGGAACUGCUGCAACCCUACUGAACGGGGCUAAAAAUGGGAAUGUGAAAACACUGCCAGAGGAACCAGUGGAAAAGAACAACUCACUGGAGAUCAGCUACUUGUAAACUUGUGAUUUGCGUCAGCUGAAAAAACAGCAUUAUUGUACAUGCCUCCCUGAGCUCUAUUCAGUUUGUAAUUACAGUACUGCCUCUCCUGAAGCCUAUCAACUCGUCUUCAUGUCUAUUAAAUUUUCUCCUAGUAAUCAGACUUUGUAGUAUGGAAGUGUACAAUCUGGCAACACAAUUUGAAAAGUCACAAUUAAUUUUGCCUUAUUUAUAGGACUUGGCAAAUCAAAACAAGGGUCAUCAGCAGCAUUCCAUGGUAUCAAUACCUAUGGGACCAGCACCACAAUAUGUGAAGCAUCUAUGUGCCUUUUUCUAAAUUUGCUUAGGAGAUUUAAUCAAUGCAGUGAAUCUAUGGCUACGACUGGGCACCAGAUCACUAAAUACAUUUACAUGCACUUUUGCUCAAUUCUAGCUGUGCAUGUGAACAUACUUAGUGAGACUUGUAGCGUACUACUAAGUGAUCAAAUUUGGAAAAGAUUUUGUAAAUAUAAACAGGUCAAUAAUUAUACAUCAGCUUGUAGUUUUCUCUAAAUGUAUUUGUAUGUGCUUU